CAAAAGUACAAUGUGAACUUCGACACUGAAGUCCGGACUCCACCUGGAAUGUGGGCCAAAAUCGGAUCUCAAGGUGCAGUCAUAUGACUCCUAGAUGGCUGAAUGAGACUCAGCAGGGCAGGAAAUGGUUCUAUGAAACUAAUUCAACAAAGUUUUGGGAUCUUCACCGAUUCGACCCUUUUGGAAGAAAUCCGUCGUGGCUUCUUUCAGCUCCAGCUCGCACAGUGACAUGGGAAGCGACGUGUUGUUUAGAGAGCAGUAGUCUACGGGAGGAUGACCGCUUGUUGUCUGUGGAUGCGGCGCGUCAGACUUCUUCACCUGGUGUGAUUGUGAAUACUGCAGGCACGGAUGGAAGAUCUGAAUAACGAGAGUCCACUGGAGACAGCGGGAGAAGAGGCGAGCUCAUUGGACAGUCACCAGUCAGAUAUCCGCUUCCAGAGGAGAGUAGCAGCGGUUAGCUCUCCUGCUCUGUCCACCGCACGUCUCACCUUACCUGGAGUCAUGGACGCCGAGGGGAGGGUCGACGAGUCAAGACUGAGGAUGCAUAUUUUCAAAAACGGUGGCGUGUCUCCCUCUGAGCGUGGCCUGGCGUGGCGUUUCCUGUUUGGGAUGUACGCAUGCAGCUCAACAGCUUUGGAGCGCUCUCUGCUGCAGGAGCAGUUGGUCGUACGUUACCGGGUCAUGAAGAGAAAAUGGCAGCAGUUCCUUCCUUCAGCUGUGCGGAUGCACCUCAAUGGCACUGAUGCUGAGUUGGUGGCAGCAGUCAGGUACUUUGACCAGAGGCAGGCCCAGGCUCAGCAACAGACCCAGGAUCAGUCUGAAGAGGUCAAGGACAGACUGGCUUUCUUGGAGCUUCAGGCACAGAUAUUGUUUGAGCGGGUCACAUUUGACCAAGAGGAGCUGCGGGAAGCCACACGAAUCAUUGACAAGGAUGUGCCAAGAACUAACAGAGACCUGAGCUAUUACCAGGGGGAGGGUUCAGGCAAUCUGUUGGUGUUGAGAGAUAUCCUCAUCACUUAUGCUGCUUUUCAUCCAGAUGUCAGUUAUGCCCAAGGAAUGAAUGACCUGUGCAGCCGGUUCUUGGAGGUUCUUGACUCUGAGGUUGACACUUUCUGGAGUUUCUCUUGCUACAUGGAGAAAUUCUCCAAGGACUUCAGGGCUGAUGGUCUGCACAGAAAAAUAGAGUUGGAGGCAGCCCUGUUGAAGGAACUGGAUCCUCAGCUUUAUACUCAUUUGGUCACAGACAGCAUGGAGAGCUUCACAUUCUGCCACAGGUGGCUUCUGCUGGGUUUCCAGAGGGAGUUUGAACACAGUGACGCAUUGCGUUUGUUCGAGAUCCUGAGUUGUGACCACCUGGAGCUUAUUUCCCAACAAGUAGACCAAGCCCGUUAUCAGGAAAGGCUGGCACGAAAAUGCAGCACAGAGGACAAUUCAGAGUCAGAGCUGCAAGCCAUCAACACUGACUUCACCUUCGAGCUCUUCAUCUGUGCAGCCAUCCUGCUAGAAAACAGAGAGUCUUUGCUGCAGUGCCGAGAUGAUGUUCAACUCAUCCAGUUUACUAGCAGCCUUCAGGGAACACUGGACCUGAACAGCACGCUGAAGAAAGCAGAGCACCAUUUGUACAACUACUGCAAGCGCUGUGCUUGGGACUAUAUGAAUGGGCACUGUAGAACACACAAGAGCAAAGAAGGGGACUUUCUUUAUCAACUUCGGAGUUUACUUGUUUUAAAGUGAUAGCUACUAUUUAAAUACCUGACAUCAAAGACUCGUAUGAAACUGUAAUAUGUAACAGGGGACAUAUAAUCCCUAUUUGGUGUUUUGAUGGCACAUAUUCUUUAUCUUAGUUUUUAUUUCUGAGGGAAACAGUGAUGUACUGAUGACUGCUUACUGUAAGUUUGAUCAGUUACUGUUUAUUAUAAAUGUAUAGUAUUUAUUUUGUGAAAGUUGGCCAACACCAACUGUGAGUAAUUUUGGUUGCUCUCCUGAACUUCCAUGAAUAUGAAAAGCUUAAACAUAAUAUCUUAGUACCUCAAAAUCAAUGCUUUAAAGGAUCUGUUUUUCCGGGUUAUGCAGUAUUCAAGUGCUAGAAGAAAACAACUACUUGACAUGCAUGUGUGAAUACUAAGAUCUGGUGUGUCGCAACAGGUGGCGUGUGAAACGAACUGCAGUUAUCUUUAAUGCCAGAUGGCCUGUGUGUCAGAGAGGCCUAUGUAACAAGAAUAGAUGUCCAGUUUUUUAGCUCUGAAAGAGGGGCCAUGCAGUAAGGGGAAGGAAAACUUACUGCACAACUGUGUCCUAAAUAGAGAGUGAAAAACAUACAAUAUAAAUGACCGGAAAAAUUAUACCUCAAUAAAACUACUGAAGAUUG